AUGGCAGCACCGGGUACCCUCGGGGGGAUUCCCUAUAAACAUGUGGCUCCGACUCCAGCCAGCAAAUCAAGCGCUGCUCCUCACCAUCACCACCUACCCAUGGCCGCUAUCUCCCCCGUCCAAAAGACCUUUCUCGGACAACCUUUCUUCGCCGUCAUCGGGGCAUCGAAGGACACGUCCAAGUUUGGGACAAAGGUUCUGAAAUGGUACCAAGCACGAAGCCUGAACGUCACUCCCGUCCACCCUAAAGAGAAAGAACUUGAAGGUGUUGCAACUCUCACCACGAUCGCAGAGCUUCCUUCGCCUAAAGAGACGAGUAUCUCCGUCAUAACGCCGCCCAAGGUCACCCUCGGUAUUCUCCAACAGGCCAAGGAGCUCGAUGUGCCCGCGCUCUGGCUUCAGCCAGGAGCUGAAGACGAAGCUGUUGUUGAGUAUAUCAAAGCGAAUCUCGCAGAUCGCGUCAUCUACGGAGGCCCUUGCAUCCUCGUCCAGGGAGACGAUAUUCGUAGCUCGCUCUGA